UUUUAAUUUAUUUUUAUUUUGUGGGGUUACUUUUAAUGACUUCUUGUUUUGAGUCUUGUGGUUUAUUGAUGAAAACUGAUUGAUAAAGAGUGUAGAAUCUUGAACUGGAAAUGAGAUCACUUGAGCUUCUCUUUUUUGUCUCUGGAGUUCUUUUUGUGACCUGUGAUGCCUUUGCAACAAAUGAAGUUUUGGCUCUCACAACAUUUAAGGAAGCUAUAUAUGAAGACCCAAAAAGGGUUUUGUCCAAUUGGAAUUCACUAGAUGCAGAUCCUUGUGAUUGGUCUGGCAUUUCUUGUACUUUGGCUAGAGACCAUGUUUCAAAGAUAAACAUCUCUGGAUCAUCUUUGAGGGGGUUCCUUGCACCAGAAUUGUUUCAAAUCACUUACUUGCAAGAGCUGAUUUUGCAUGGGAAUAAUCUGAUUGGCAUAAUACCUAAAGAACUGGGCAUGUUGAAACACCUAAGAGUUUUGGAUUUGGGGAUGAAUCAGAUUACGGGUCCAAUUCCACCGGAGCUCGGGAAGUUAACUAGUUUGGUGAAAAUAAACCUUCAGUCAAAUGGGUUGACUGGGAGACUGCCUCCUGAGUUAGGCAAUUUGAUUUAUCUCCAGGAACUUCGUUUGGAUAGGAAUAAGCUCCAAGGAACUUUCCCCGCUGGUGGCAAUUCAGAUUUUACAUCUAGUGUACAUGGAAUGUAUGCCUCAAGUGCAAACUUAACUGGCUUGUGUCGCUCAUCUCAGUUAAAAGUGGCAGAUUUCUCCUAUAACUUCUUUGUCGGGAGCAUACCAAAGUGCUUGGGGUAUCUUCCGAGUACAAGCUUUCAGGGGAACUGCCUCCAGAACAAAGAUGCCAAACAGCGUGCUGCUGUGUUAUGUGUUCCUUUCAUAGGUGGUGCUCCACCUGCAAAAACUCAUUCCGCAUACAAUUCUAAACGCCGGCCUGCUGAAGAAGUAUCCAGACAUCAGGCAUCAUCAAAACCUACCUGGCUUUUGGCUCUUGAAAUAGUGACAGGAACCAUGGUGGGCUCUCUCUUUCUUAUUGCUAUUCUCACUGCACUUCAGAGAUGCAAUAGCAAAUCUUCAAUUAUAAUCCCUUGGAAGAAAUCAGCUAGUGAGAAGGAUCAUAUAACAGUGUUCAUAGAUUCUGAGAUCUUGAAAGACGUUGUGAGAUUCAGCAGACAAGAGCUUGAAGUAGCCUGUGAAGACUUCAGCAACAUAAUUGGCUCUUCACCAGAUAGUUUGGUCUACAAAGGCAACAUGAAAGGUGGGCCUGAAAUUGCUGUAAUAUCCCUCUGUAUUAAAGAAGAGCACUGGUCAGGUUAUCUGGAGCUCUAUUUCCAGAGAGAGGUGGCAGAUUUGGCAAGGUUAAAUCACGAGAAUACAGGGAAGUUACUGGGUUAUUGUAGAGAGAGUGCUCCAUUUGCAAGAAUGCUGGUUUUUGAAUAUGCAUCAAAUGGGACACUGUAUGAGCAUCUCCAUUAUGGAGAAGAAUGUCAAUUAUCUUGGACACGGCGAAUGAAAAUUGUUAUAGGAAUUGCCCGUGGACUCAAGUAUCUUCACACAGAACUUGACCCUCCAUUUACCAUAUCAGAGUUGAAUUCGAGUGCUGUGUAUCUUACGGAUGAUUUUUCACCUAAGUUGGUUGAUUUUGAAAGUUGGAAGACAAUUCUUGCAAGAUCAGAGAAGAACUCUGGCACUAUUGGCAGCCAAGGUUCUAUCUGUGUACUUCCGAAUUCUCUUGAGGAACGCCAUCUGGAUGUCCAAGGCAACAUCUAUGCUCUUGGUGUACUUUUACUGGAAAUAAUCAGUGGAAGGCCGCCUUACUGUAAGGACAAAGGGAGCUUAGUAGAUUGGGCUAAGGAUUAUCUUGAAUUGCCAGAAGUAAUGUCGUACGUGGUGGAUCCUGAGUUGAAACAUUUUAGUUAUGAUGACCUCAAAGUCAUCUGUGAAGUAGUAAACAUGUGCCUCAACCCAGACCCCAGCAAGAGGCCAUCUAUGCAGGAAUUAAGCUCCACCUUGGAGAGCGGAAUUGACACGUCUAUAUCGGUAGAGCUGAAAGCAUCGUCUUUGGCGUGGGCUGAGCUUGCACUUUCAUCAUGAUUGAGUUGAAGCUAACAUACGGUAGAUUAGAUAUAUACAAUUGUAUUACUCAUUUUUCCUUUUUGUUCUCUAAUUUUUUUUUCUUUUAUCUCUCUCUCAUCGAUCUUUGUAAAUGGUGCAUGUUAAAGAAACAUAGAGCUUGGUGGAUGACAACGUACACUCUGUAUACCUUGGGAUAAUCAGUAAAGUUCUGAAAUCACGAAAUAGUAAAUCUAGUU